AAAAAAAAAAAAAGUAAAAGAAGAAGAGACUCACUCUCUUUUCUCCUCCUCUCUGCGCCUCCUUUUCGCUUCUCUCUUCUUCUUCCUCCUCCCUUGGUACUGUUCUCUCUGUCGUUCUCUCUUGGCCAUUGGAGAAAGAGAAAUCACUUUUUAAAAAUAAAGUUGUACUCUUUCUCUCAUUCAACAACUACAAACAAACGACGGUUUUUUUUCAAUUUUGAUAUAUUAAAAAAAAACAGUUCCUUUUGUUUAAAGACUCUUCCUUUCAGUUUCCAAAAACCCAAUUUGAUUCCUUCGAGGAGAGAGAGAGCAUAGGAAGCAACCGGAGACUGAGAUUUGCGUUAGUUAAGCCCCCAUUUGCUGAUUUCAGAUUGAGAAGGUGAGAUCUUGAGAAAGUUUUGAACUUUCUUGGGAUUUGAAUGUCCUACUACAUUGCAAGGGUCUCCUUUCCGCCAUGACUUCAACCAAGCGAGCUUACAAGCUACAGGAGUUUGUGGCACAUUCUGCUGCUGUUAACUGUCUGAAGAUCGGAAGGAAGUCUUCUAGGGUUCUUGUUACUGGUGGGGAAGAUCAUAAGGUCAAUCUCUGGGCUAUUGGUAAGCCCAACGCCAUUCUGAGCUUGUAUGGGCACUCGAGUGGAAUUGAUUCAGUGACGUUUGAUGCUUCGGAGGUCUUAGUUGCAGCAGGAGCUGCUAGUGGUACCAUUAAACUUUGGGAUUUGGAGGAGGCAAAGCUUGUCAGGACUCUCACUGGUCACAGGUCGAAUUGCAUAUCAGUGGAUUUUCACCCUUUUGGUGAGUUCUUUGCGUCUGGCUCACUAGACACGAACCUUAAGAUAUGGGAUCUACGGAAAAAAGGUCCCAUCCAUACUUACAAGGGUCAUACUCGAGGAGUCAAUGUACUCAGAUUCACUCCAGAUGGUCGAUGGGUUGUUUCUGGAGGAGAGGACAAGAUUGUAAAGGUGUGGGAUUUAACAGCUGGAAAACUAUUGACCGAGUUUAAGUGUCACGAAGGACAGAUUCAAAGCCUAGAUUUUCAUCCUCAUGAAUUUCUGCUGGCAACAGGUUCAGCUGAUAGGACUGUAAAAUUCUGGGAUCUUGAAACAUUCGAGCUAAUUGGUUCUGGUGGACCUGAGACGUCUGGGGUCCGUUGCCUGAGCUUUAAUCCAGAUGGAAAGACGGUGCUUUGUGGAUUGCAAGAAAGUCUCAAGAUUUUCUCGUGGGAGCCAAUUAGAUGUCAUGAUGGAGUGGACGUUGGAUGGUCAAGAUUGUCAGAUAUGAAUGUUCACGAGGGAAAGCUGCUUGGUUGCUCAUACAAUCAAAAUUGUGUAGGCGUGUGGGUUGUAGAUCUCUCGCGUACUGAGCCAUGCAAUACUGGAGAUGCUGCUCAGUCAAAUGGACAACCAGAGAAAAAGUCUGGCCCAGUAGUUCUCAAUGAUAAUAACUCAAAGACUAUUCCCGGCAAGCUGUCUGUUUCCCAGAACGUAGAUCCUUUAUUGAAGGAAACAAAGUCUCUUGGACGAUUAUCUGUUACUCAGAACUCUGAUCCUCCCACAAAAGAAACAAAGGCCGUUGGAAGGUCAUCAACAUCCCAAAGUUCGGAUUCAUUGAUGAAGGAAUCAAAGCCUCUCGGAAGGUUGUCAGUUUCUCAAAAUUCAGACGGUGCUAAAGAGUCGAGGACAUCAUCAUCAUCCACGGGAAGUGUACCUAGCACUCCUCAUAGAGUCAGUGUUUCAAAAGCUGCUUCGGGUGUUUCAAACGCUGUCUCAAAUGCUGCAACGUCAAGGAGGAAUUUUGCAAAAGCUAACUCAAGGGGGAAUCAUGUCAAUAAGGCUGCAGAUUUCGUUCAGGUGUUUGUCCCCAGAGAAGACCCUAGAAGAGAACAGGCGACUGAAUCCAGAGCAGAACUUGACAUAAUUGCAAGAACCAUGCCUUAUUCCUUGCAGGCGGCUGAUUCUAGAAGGUCGCCUAGCAGCAAGGAUAACCAAGAUUUGCCAAACGCUUCAGUUCUUGAAAUGUCCGAGUCUCAGCCAGUUGAACCAAGUAAUCUACCGGAUAAAAAUGCAUUUCCCGGUGGCAAGGGUGGCAUGCGGGGUGCAGCUGAGCGAAGCAUCAACGAUUUUAGAUACAAGAGAUAUGGCAGGAGUAAUUCAAGGUCACGGAUGGGAUCUCCUCCAAGAAACCACGAUGAAAACUUCUUUGUUUCAGAUGACUUGGUAAGCCACAAAUCAAGUAGAGAACCAAGUCCCACUGAAAGUCGAAAAGGAGGAAGAUUCCAGUCACUCGUCAUAAAUAGGGAGAGACGAGGAAGAUUUUCCAACUUCGAGGGUCCUGUUUCUAAUUUUCCAGCUGGAAAUGUAGCGGCUCCUAACAUUCCCCCUUCAAAUAUGUUCAAGCAGAGAGGAAACCAUAUGCCAGUUGAACAAGGGAACGAUUCUCCUUCUGAAGAUAAUAUUGUUGAAGACAUAAUGGGAAAACAUGAUCAGUUUGUCAGCUCUAUGCAGUCUCGUUUGGCUAAGUUACAGGUAGUUCGUAGAUAUUGGGAAAGGAAUGAUGUAAAGAACACGAUAGGUUCAAUGGAGAAGAUGGCUGACAAUGCUGUUACCGCGGAUGUACUGAGUAUAAUAACCGAGAGAAAUGAGAUUAUGACACUGGAUACGUGUACCUCCCUUCUUCCCAUUCUAACAGCUCUUCUAGGAAGUGACAUGGAUCAGCAUUUGAGCGUUUCCUUGGAUAUGCUGCUUAAGCUGGUUAGAAUGUAUGGGUCACCAAUUUACUCAUCACUGUCAGCUCCAGCAUCUGUUGGUGUAGAUAUCGAAGCUGAGCAAAGGAUCGAGCGCUACAGUCGUUGCUUUGUGGAGCUUGAGAAAGUUAAAGCCUGUCUUCCCUCGCUGUCAAGAAGAGGAGGUUUGGUGGCCAAGUCUGUGCUUGAACUCAACUUAGCAUUUCAGGAAGUUUCAUCAUAAUCACUUCGAAUCCCUAGAAAAGCACAGAGCAAAGCCCGUCUUCUUAGUGGCAUCAUCCCAAGUCCUAAUCCUGUGCUUGUUUUUUCAAUGUGGAUUUGGUUCCAGAGGGAGUCUAACAAAAACUGAUGAUACUAAGUUAACCAAAAGAGUUUGGAAGGCUAAAAAUC